AUCUUUUUCCUGCGUAUAAAAUCACUUGCCUCACCGUCACAUUCAUGUCAAGAUAUAUAGGCCCCUUCACCUUCAGCACCAACAUAUUCACAAUGGGUACCAAGCCUCAUCAUGAUGCAGACUAUGAAGCUAUAAAACAAGAUCAGGGUGGUUAUACACUUAAACCCAGGGCAUUUAACAUUGUAUGGGGAAAUGACAAUCGCUACUGGCGGAUUCCAUCUCGCUCACCAUCGACACGGGGUAAUAAUGAUGAAGUUGCAGAGCUGGUUCAAGUGUCCUGGCUUGAAGUAACCGGUUCAGUCCAACUACAACCUUCGAAAAUUUAUCAACUUACCUUCAAACUAAGCUUCAAAGAGGAUGCUUUUGGUUGGAGCGGGUGCCCUGUUUUCUUGAUGGCUAAGGUAGGGAAGAAGGGAAAGUACAAGUGGAGAAGGCUAAAGGAACUGGAAUCACUUCCAAAGGAAAAGACUGAAGUUCCAAGCAACAGUGAACCGUUCCUUAUUGAAGUUCCGAGUGAAGUUAUUGACAGCAGGCUUUAUUUCGGUUUGUAUGAAGUGUGGAGCGGGAAAUGGAAGGGAGGCUUGAGAGUUCACGAAGCAACCGUCAAGGAAAAGAAGUGAAGAAAGAUAUAGAUAAAUUGGUAUAUAUAUAUAUAUACGUGUGGCAUGGUUUUAUUUUGUAUUGCAUGCAUAUGCUAGAUCAUGAAUAAAUGGGACUGAGUUGUAAGUUCCAAAACAUGCUGAAGGAAUAACGGCCACAUUACACUUACCUUCUUUGCUACCAGUUUGUAUGAAUAUACAUUGGCUGGAUACUAUAGUUGCACUUCAUUUGUCCUUUAUUAAUUAAUUCCUGAGGGAUUUAACCAA